AUGGAGACAUAUUUGCUAUCCGUGUGUCCCUUUUCGACUUUUAUGUGGGACGCCCCACAUGCAGAGUUGGUGCCACCGGGAUUUACCCCUGGAUCUGUCGCAGACGCGAUGCUGCACAUCAGCGAUCUGACACUUCGAUUUGAUCUGUUUGCCAAGGCCGUUGACUAUUCGUUUCACCCCGUGCGUUACGCGAUGGAGAACCAUCCCAUCCACACGAAGACGCUGCAUAAGCGUCAGUUUGACGUCAUGCGCUACGGUAUGGUGCUGGAUGAAGUAGAGCGGCUCGUGAUUGUGCCCAUGCCACGUCUGUGUGCUGACAGUGGGGCAAAGGUUUCCCAGGAGUACGCUGCCAUUUUUAAUGGUGAUUUUAACGACGCACCCUGCGCUUCUCACCCCAUUUUGCCUGAAUAUUGUUUUGUUGUCUACCAGCUACCAAAAAGCGGCAAUGAGGGGGGUGGAAGCAUUCCCACCCCGCUAUUCCGUAUGGUUUUUCGAAAUGAGGCCUUCAACGAACAAAUAAAGAUGCAUUUGGUGAAGGAUUUUCCUCUUUUCCGUCUGCGCUCUGUGUACGUGUCACAUGCAGAGUUUUACGCCCUCCAACGGCAACUUGAGAUUUACACAAAAGUGUCAGCCACCAGUGAAACUCUGCCUGAUCCAGCAUUGGAAGAAACGCUUGGAAUUUCAAAGCUUCGUUGGAUGUUUGAUGCGUGGUUGAUGGUACUGGAAGGUAUUGCCCCUUCAUGGCUUGUGGACAAGGGUGUCGGUCCAGAUAUUGUUACCUUGUUUCUUGCCUCGCAUCGCCCUAUAGGGAAAUAUGAUGUAAAAGAAACUAUUGAAGCAUACACACAGC